AAUCGUGCCACGAUAAUGUCCAAUAGCUUCAAUAUCGAUGAUAAGAGUAACCAGAAUAUUCUAAAUCGCGUAAGCAUCUCGCUAAAAAUGCAUCGAAGCUUUAAGAAAGUGAAGAGGAGCAUCCAAAAGAUAACUGAAACUUCGACGAGUGUUCAACCUCACUGCGUUUUCGUAGAGAACAUGCAAGAUGAUGAGAAACAACCGCCGUAUAUAUUUCCGGAACGACUUUCCUCUUUAACGUGCCAAACUGGAUUCUCGAAGGAUGAGAUACGAAAGCUGUAUCGCGCUUUUAAGCAACAUUGUCCGAGAGGAGCCGUGACUACGAACGAUCUAAAACCAGCUUACGCAAAAUUAUUUCCGUUAGGAGACCCAGCGAAGUACACGCAAAUCGUUUUCAACACCUUCGAUAAGGACAGGGAUGGUAUCGUCAGUUUCGGGGACCUUCUCACUGAAAUAUCAUUGAUUGCCAAUGGUGACGUCGAUGAAAAGCUCUCCUGGAUCUUCAGGUUUUACGACCUGAACGGAGACGGUUAUAUCACAAGAAAAGAAAUGUUGGUCAUAAUAUCCGCAAUUUAUGAGAUGCUACAUAACGGGCAAACCAUUCAGCGAAUGGUCAACAGACAUGUAGACAAGGUUUUCGAGAAGAUGGAUGUUGAUAAGGACGGUGUUAUAUCUCAGGAAGAAUUUAUGAAUAGUUGUAAAAAUGAUAUUGUCAUUCAAAAUCAACUGGCAAUAUUUAAUAAAUUUUGGUAA